AUUCUGUAAAGCGAGGGGGGGCAAAUGAGACCUGGAUUGGAACCAGGUGGAGUCCGGAAUAAGAGUGUGGUGGAAGGGCCAAGGGAAACAGAUAAGAGAUGGGUGUCUGUAGGACAAUUCUGGGAGCAGAAAAGCUGAAAGGAGACUAGAGUUAGGGUGUAAGAAGUGAUGGCCAUCUGGAACCAGGAUAACUGGGGAAUUACGUUAAUUGUAGAGGUUCAGCAAGAUCCAAGGUGAAAACAGUGAGGUGAAGAGACAAGGCUAAAAACAAAUGGUGAGAGGAGCAGGAAGAGAUGGGCCCCAGUAUUUAAAGGAUGAGAUGGGGAGUAAGGGAAGAGAAGGGGGCUAAGGGAAGCUCGGGGAGUCCUGAUGAAUGUAGAACUGGGGUAGACUGCAUGGGGGUGGGAAUCGAAUGUGCGUGUUGUGGGGAGUUGCUCCAGAAGGUCUACAAGGGUCAGGGCAGAAAUGCUAUAGUGAAAGAUCAAGUGUAAGAGAGCCUUUGGUGCAGAAGAGAAGGAACCAUGAUUCUUUGGAUGGGAAGAGACCUUGAAAGGACCUCUAGUUUAUCCAGCAACUCCAGUCAAUAUCCCACUUAAAUAAUUCCAGGUAAUAGAGAAGAGGAAACCUAACCAAUGACUGUGGAAUAAUAUGGAAGAAGAUGGAAAAAACUUGUUUAAUGGGCUGAGAGAGUGGCAACUUCUAUAAGACAUGGAUAGAUGCAAACAUGUAGGGCGGUUACGGCUCGCCCAGGACCACUCCAUUCUGAACCCUCAGAAGUGGUGCUGCUUAGAGUGCGCCACCACCGAGUCGGUGUGGGCCUGCCUCAAGUGCUCCCACGUGGCCUGCGGCCGCUACAUUGAGGACCACGCCCUGAAACACUUUGAAGAGACUGGACACCCGCUAGCCAUGGAAGUCCGGGAUCUCUACGUGUUCUGUUACCUGUGCAAGGACUAUGUGCUCAAUGAUAACCCAGAGGGCGACCUGAAGCUGCUAAGAAGCUCCCUCCUGGCGGUCCGGGGCCAGAAGCAGGACACGCUGGUAAGACGCGGGCGGACGCUGCGGUCCACGGCUUCGGGUGAGGACGUGGUCCCGCCGCAGCGCGCUCCUCAGGGACAGCCGCAGAUGCUGACCGCUCUGUGGUACCGGCGCCAGCGCCUGCUGGCCAGGACGCUGCGGCUGUGGUUCGAGAAGAGCUCCCGGGGCCAGGCGAAGCUGGAGCAGCGGCGGCAGGAGGAGGCGCUGGAGCGCAAGAAGGAGGAAGCGCGGAGGCGGCGGCGCGAGGUGAAACGGCGGCUGCUGGAGGAGCUGGCCAGCGCCCCUCCGCGUAAGAGUGCACGGCUGCUCCUGCACACGCCUAGCGACGCGGGCCCGGCCGCCUCGCGCCCCACCACCCUCCCUACCUCACGCAGAGCGCCCGCCGCCACGCUCAAGCUGCGUCGCCAGCCUGCCGUGGCCCCGGGCGUCACGGGCCUGCGCAACCUGGGCAAUACCUGCUACAUGAACUCCAUCCUCCAGGUGCUCAGCCACCUCCAGAAGUUCCGAGAAUGUUUCCUCAACCUUGACCCUUCCAAAACGGAACAUCUGUUUCCCAAAGCCACCAACGGGAAGACUCAGCUUUCUGGCAAGCCAACCAACAGCUCAGCCACAGAGCUGUCCUUGAGGAGUGACAGGGCCGAUGCAUGCGAGCGGGAGGGCUUCUGCUGGAACGGCGGGGCCUCCAUUAGUCGGAGCCUGGAGCUCAUCCAGAACAAGGAGCCAAGCUCGAAGCACAUUUCCCUCUGCCAUGAACUGCACACCCUCUUCCGAGUCAUGUGGUCCGGGAAGUGGGCCCUAGUGUCGCCCUUCGCCAUGCUCCACUCAGUGUGGAGCCUAAUCCCUGCCUUCCGCGGCUACGACCAACAGGAUGCGCAGGAAUUUCUCUGUGAGCUGCUGCACAAGGUGCAGCAGGAACUCGAGUCUGAGGGCACCACACGCCGGAUCCUCAUCCCUUUCUCCCAGAAGAAGCUCACCAAACAGGUGUUAAAGGUGGUGAAUACCAUAUUUCAUGGGCAGCUGCUCAGUCAGGUCACAUGUAUAUCAUGCAAUUACAAAUCUAAUACCAUUGAGCCCUUUUGGGACCUAUCCCUGGAAUUCCCUGAACGCUAUCACUGCAUAGAAAAGGGGUUUGUCCCUUUGAAUCAGACAGAGUGCUUGCUCACUGAGAUGCUGGCCAAGUUCACAGAGACAGAGGCCCUGGAAGGAAGAAUCUACGCUUGUGACCAGUGUAACAGCAAACGACGAAAAUCCAAUCCCAAACCCCUUGUUCUGAGUGAAGCUAGAAAGCAGUUAAUGAUCUACAGACUACCUCAGGUUCUCCGGCUGCACCUUAAAAGAUUCAGGUGGUCUGGCCGUAACCAUCGAGAGAAGAUUGGGGUCCAUGUCGUCUUUGACCAGGUAUUAACCAUGGAACCUUACUGCUGCAGGGACAUGCUCUCCUCUCUUGACAAAGAGACCUUUGCCUAUGAUCUCUCCGCAGUGGUCAUGCAUCACGGGAAAGGGUUUGGCUCAGGACACUACACAGCCUAUUGCUACAACACAGAGGGAGGUUUUUGGGUCCACUGCAAUGACUCAAAGCUGAAUGUAUGCAGUGUCGAGGAAGUGUGCAAAACCCAGGCCUACAUCCUUUUUUACACUCAAAGAACAGUGCAGGGCAAUGCAAGAAUCUCAGAAACCCAUCUCCAAGCUCAGGUGCAGUCCAGCAACAAUGAUGAAGGCAGACCACAGACAUUUUCCUGAAUGGGAGGAGAGCAGCCAUGUUUUCUCUCCAUUAUGUGAUUCCCCUGCUAAGCAGGACCUCCUUGCAGCACCAGAAGAACCCUCCAGAUGUGAGCAGCCCUGGACAGACCGUGUGAGGAGGGGCCCUGGGCUAGCAGUUUGCUGGAUGGGAUUGGCUUCAAGAUGGGAGAUGAAGUCUAAAGGGUUUAUUCCCACAAAGGAAGUAACCUUCAAGGGUUCAAAACAAACUUCCUUUUUUGGGGAUAGCUGCUGAAGAGUGGAGUGAGAUGCAUGGAACAGAUUUCCCCAUGCAAAAUGGGAUGGUUUUCGUAUGUCAUACCCUCCCUACCUGCUGCUGUCAUUUAAUCAUUCCAUACUUCUGAGACUGGCAUGAAUACCCCUUCAUUCUAAAGAAGGGGCAGGUCAUAUAAAGAAGCAAUAGACCAGCACAUGUUGCAUGUUGAGCCAAAGGACACUCCUGGCUAUCCCAGUUCUGUAGCAGAUCCCUGGUUGAGGUCUAGGGCAAGCACAUGGUUUGGUUUAAAUUGAUUCUUAGGUUUUCUCAGAACUCAAUUGAGGGUGGGCAGAGAUAGCUGGUGCUUCAGGGCUUAUUGAAUGCCUAUCACCCGUUCUCACUUCAGUGCAGCAUGCAGCUUCUUAGCCUGCAGCUUCUUUCUUGCUCCUGGAGAGGUAGAACAUUCAUGGUCACAGGGUUUGGGAGCUUUUGGUUUUCUAGGGUAUGUUAACUGCUUAGGAAUCCACCUCGUACAUAUCUGAAGAGUUGAUUACCGAUGGCCUUGACCUGUUUCCUCCCAAAUCUGAUAAUCCCUACUGUUGCUUUACCCCCCAUACUCAGUCCAUCAGAGAAAAAAACAAGAGUGCCCCGUCCUUUCCCCCAGUGCUAGUAAAAUACAUCGUCCUUUUUAAAUUGGGUCAGUUUCUAAACAGAAUGAAAUUGCCCAGAUAAAAACCCUUGUCCCCAUCAGGUGCCACUUCAUUCUUAGUUCUUCACUUAGAUUUGCUGGUGAAAGUGAAUGCA